AUGAGACUGACAAAUCAGACUCAGGUGACAGAAUUCCUCCUUCUGGGACUCUCUGAUGACCCACAGGUCCAGCAGCUGCUAUUCAUCUUAUUCCUGGGUGUCUACCUUGUCACUGUGACUGGAAAUCUGCUUCUCGUAUCCCUUGUUCACCUUGACUCUCAGCUUCACACACCCAUGUAUUUUUUUCUCUGCAACUUGUCUCUGGCUGACCUAUGCUUCUGUACCAAUAUAGUGCCUCAGGCCCUAGCCCACCUGCUUUCCAGGAAGAAGGUCAUUUCAUUUGCACGUUGUGCAGCUCAGCUUCUACUCUUUCUCAUUUUUGGGUGUACACAGUGUGCCCUUCUGGCAGUGAUGUCCUAUGAUCGGUAUGUAGCAAUCUGCAGCCCUUUAUAUUACCCAAGCAUCAUGACCUGGAAGGUGUGUGUCCAGCUGGCUGCAGGAUCAUGGACCAGUGGCAUUCUGGUAUCUGUGGUAGACACUACCUUCACACUAAGGCUACCCUUCCGAGGCAGUAACAGUAUUGCCCAUUUCUUUUGUGAGGCCCCCGCGCUGUUGAUCCUGGCGUCUACAGACACCUGUACUUCAGAGAUGGCCAUUUUCCUAAUGGGGAUUGUAAUUCUCCUCAUACCUGUUUCACUAAUUCUGGUAUCCUAUGGCCACAUCAUACCUGAGGAACAAGGAUGUGAAGGGAGUUCUGAGGAAAGCAGUCACAAGAAAUUUCCCAUGCCCGCUUGGGAUCUCCCACUGACAUUGAGCUCAGAGACCCUGUUGGCUUCCUACUUGUACUUGCUGGAUAGUCCUCUUCCUGAUGAAUCUAAA